AUGGACAAUCUCAACCGGGCGGUGGACGUUGCCAACAUAGCAGUCGAAGCCACUCCUCAGGACCACCCCGAUCGAGCUGCCAUCUUGAGCAACCUUGGAAACAGGCUUGGCACGCGAUUUGAGCGGACUGGGUUCAUGGACGAUCUCAACCGUGCCCUAUCCUGUUUCAAGGGAGGUUGGGAUUGCCAUACUUCCCCACCAUCUAUACGCAUUGGUCUCGCUUCUAUGGCUGCAGCCGUCGCUCUCAAUGCAGAAAAGGAGGUGCAAUAUGCCUUGGAGCUAUUGGAGCUUGGCCGCUGCGUUAUCGCUGGUCUGUUGUUAGAAUUGCGCACAGACAUUUCCGACCUCAGAGAGCAGCAUCCCAGAUUAGCGACGGAAUUUGAGAUCCUUCGGAAUAAGCUAGACGCGCCUUCCAGUGGGAUAGGUCUAGUGGGCGAUGCAACACCUUCAUGGACAUCCCAAGCCAAUCGGCGGAUUGAAGCAGACCAAAAAUUCAAUCUGGUUAUUGCAAAAAUACGCGAUCAGCCUACCUUCCAGAACUUUCUUCUUCCGCCGACUCGUGACGAACUCAUGGCUGCCGCAGACCAAGGCCCCAUCGUUAUUAUCAACGUAAGCUCGUACCGUUGCGAUGCGUUUCUUAUUGAGCAUCAUCGGAUUAGGGUGUUACCACUACCUAACCUAACAGAGGAGAAGCUAAACCAAAGAGUCCAACAGCAGUCGGUUGGAUCAACACCAGUCUUACAGUGGUUGUGGAAAGCGGCUGCAGCACCUAUCUUGGACGCACUAGGACACCAACAAUUGCCAUCUAACAACUGGCCUCGGGUAUGGUGGAUUCCGACAGGAGCGCUAAGUCACUUUCCAGUUCACGCAGCGGGAUUUCACACCAAAGGAUCGACCAAGACAGUGCUCGAUAGAGUUAUGUCAUCUUACAGUUCAUCUAUAAAGGCACUGGUAUAUGGACGCCGACAUAGUGUCCAUAGAACGACUGAAUCUGGGUUGGAGCAAGCUCUUCUAGUUGCCAUGCAAGAGACCCCAUGCCUCCCAAGAAGCUCAGCCCUUCCUUUUGCCACCAAAGAAGUAGAAAUGUUAGUCGACCUCUGCCCGUCGCUACAGCUGAAAGCGGUUAUGCCACUACGGCGCAGGGAAGAAGUUCUGGCUCACUUGCGGGCCUGCAAGAUUUUCCACUUUGCUGGCCAUGGACGUUCAGAUCCCCUGGAUCCUUCGCAAAGCAGUCUGCUCCUAGAUGACUGGGAGAAGAGCCCAUUAACUGUAGGAGAUCUCCGCGACCAUAGAAUUGCAGAGAGCUCACCGUUUCUUGGCUAUCUCUCGGCCUGCUCGACUAGCACGAACAGGGUGGGUAGGCUUGUCGAUGAGGGAAUCCAUCUAGCGAGUGCCUUCCAGCUUGCGGGGUUCCGGCAUGUUAUAGGAACGCUCUGGGAAGUGUCCGACAUUCACUGUGUAGACGUUGCUAGGGUAGUGUACGAGACGAUCCGGGACGAAGGUAUGACGGACGUGGCGAUAUGUCGGGGCCUCCAUCAGGCGGUCAGGGCGCUGCGGGAUGGGCACAUUGAGUCAACGAAAGAGGCGAGAGAUGCGGAGCUUAGCGAUGGGGAGCUUAGCGAUGGGGAGGUUUGCGACGAGGGUUGUGAGACUACGCUAGAGAGCCCGCUCUAUUGGGCUCCGUAUAUUCACUUUGGUGUCUAGGGGUGGACUGAACUACCAUCACAUCUCUGCUGUGCCUUACCCAGCGCUCAUGAACACUUACGAUCCGAACUUUUCGUUACUUUGAAGCACCUCUCCACGACCCUAAAGAUUGCAGUGCUCAUGUAAGGAGCCGUUCGUUGUUUGACCGUGUGAUAGCUGUAUCACCAAAACAUGGCGAGCCUUUCCACCUUCGUAUAUGCUUGCAGCGACGGCGUUCUGCCAGUGAUUCUCAACCCACUCACCGAGGCGCGCAGCUGCCAUACCCACUAUG